AAGGAUUUGCGAACGGACCGGAAGUGGUGGUGUGAUAGAGCUGCGUAGAAGGCACCUUACAGAAUAACGGAGUGAUGAAUUAGUUUGUUUGUUAGAGAUUUUUGUUGAGUUUUUCGCUGUAAAUAUGGCGGCUAAGCGUAAAGCGGAGGUUACGGUUCCUGCGGAGGAGAGCGACCAGCUGCUGAUCCGCCCGCUAGGAGCCGGUCAGGAAGUUGGACGAUCCUGCAUCAUCCUGGAGUUCAAAGGCAGAAAGAUCAUGCUGGAUUGUGGAAUCCAUCCCGGUCUGGAGGGGAUGGACGCUUUGCCCUACAUCGAUCUGAUUGAUCCAGCUGAGAUCGACCUGCUGCUCAUUAGCCACUUCCACUUGGACCACUGUGGAGCUCUCCCCUGGUUCCUGCAGAAGACCAGCUUUAAAGGACGCACCUUCAUGACGCACGCCACCAAGGCCAUCUACCGCUGGCUGCUGUCGGACUACGUCAAAGUCAGUAACAUCUCGGCGGAUGACAUGCUGUACACUGAGACGGACCUGGAGGACAGCAUGGAGAAAAUCGAGACCAUCAACUUCCACGAGGUGAAGGAGGUGGCGGGCAUCAAGUUCUGGUGCUACCACGCCGGCCACGUCCUGGGGGCCGCCAUGUUUAUGAUCGAGAUCGCCGGCGUCAAGCUGCUGUACACAGGAGACUUCUCCCGACAGGAGGACAGACACCUGAUGGCUGCAGAGAUCCCCAGCGUGAAGCCAGAUAUCCUCAUUACAGAGUCGACGUACGGGACACACAUCCACGAGAAGCGGGAGGAGAGGGAGGCUCGCUUCUGCAACACGGUGCACGACAUCGUGAACAGGGAGGGCCGCUGUCUGAUCCCUGUGUUUGCUUUGGGGCGAGCCCAGGAGCUGCUGCUCAUCCUGGAUGAGUACUGGCAGAACCACCCAGAGCUCCACGACAUUCCCAUCUACUACGCCUCGUCUCUGGCCAGGAAGUGCAUGGCCGUCUACCAGACCUACAUCAACGCCAUGAACGACAAGAUCCGCAAAGCCAUCAACGUCAACAACCCCUUCGUCUUCAAGCACAUCAGCAACCUGAAGAGCAUGGACCACUUCGACGACAUCGGCCCCAGCGUGGUGAUGGCGUCUCCUGGUAUGAUGCAGAGCGGCCUGUCCAGAGAGCUGUUUGAGAGCUGGUGCACGGACAGAAGGAACGGGGUCAUCAUCGCUGGAUACUGUGUGGAGGGAACGCUGGCCAAGGUGGGUUAGCUGGUCAGUCAGAGA